GACCAGAUUGACACACUGACAUCUGACCUGCAACUGGAGGAUGAGAUGACAGACAGUUCCAAAACAGACACGCUCAACAGCAGCUCUAGCAGCACAACAGCUUCCAGCUUGGAGAAGGUCAAGGUGCGAGGCGGCACACUGCUCAUCAAGCCACCUGCACACCCCUCUGCUAUCCUCACCGUGUUGCGGAAGCCAAAUCCGCCUCCGCCUCCACCGCGACUGACACCUGUCAAGUGCGAUGAGCCUCCAAGGCUGCCUCCUUCAGCCAACCCUGUCAAGACUAAUGGCACCCUGCUAAGAAACGGGGGCUUGCCAGUUGGACCCAACCGCAUCCCAAAUGGAGAUAUGUGCUGUAUACCAAACAGUAAUUUGGAGAAAGUUGUAAUGCAGCCUCUGAUGCACAGACCUGAGAAAGAGCGGUGUCCUCAGCCGGGAGCAAGGGAACGGGUACGAUUUAGUGAAAAAGUGCAGUACCAUGGCUAUUGCCCCGACUGUGAUGUUCGGUAUAACAUUAAAAACAGGGAGGUGCACUUGCACAGUGAGCCUGUCUGUGUUAUGGGAAAGGUGCCACACCUGUGCCCUCCUCUGCCACCUCCACCACCUCCGCUGCCUCCAUUUCCUCUGGAAAAUGGAGGGUUGGCGAUAAGCCCCAGUAAUAGCUUUCCUCCUCCAAGACCUGCGACUGUGCCUCCACAAACUGCACCAAAACCCCAGAAGACCAUCUUGAGGAAAUCAACUACUACAACAGUGUGAUGUAUGCCACUUGGAACAACUCUUUGUUUUUUCCUAUAUAUAAACAUAAAUAGGUAAUGAGCACUUUCUACUUGAGCAAUAAAAAGACCCAAUGUAUUACUCCCUAUGUCCAGUGAAGUGGCAUAAAAAU